CACUCCCUCUCUCAUGGAAGCUCUUCUGGCUAUUCGGGGACGCGAUUUCGUUCUUACUGCAUCUUCCAAGUCUGCCGUUCGCGGUAUUACUGUGCUGAAAGAUGAAGAUGACAAGUCUAUCGCUCUAAACUCUCACAAUCUUAUGUUGUACUCUGGCGAGGCCGGUGACACGACUAAUUUCGCUGAAUACAUUAAAGCGAAUGUAGCCUUAUACACCAUGCGCAAUGAUCUCGUUCUGGGACCCGAUGCCACAGCAUCGUUUACGCGUAAACAGCUCGCUACGUCGCUUCGCUCGAGAAAACCCUACCAAGUAAACAUUCUGCUUGCUGGUUACGACAAGGGAGAGAAAAAACCCAAGCUCUACUGGAUGGACUACCUGGCAUCUUGUGUUCCCGUCCCGUAUGCCAGUCAUGGUUAUGCCAUGUUUUAUUGCAUGUCCACCUUUGACCGCUACUAUCGACCCGACCUCUCGCUUGAGGAUGCUAUUCACGUUAUGAAGUUAUGUUUUGCCGAGUUUAAAAAACGUUUGCCCAUCGAUUACAAGGGUUUCAUUUGCAAGGUGAUCGACGAAAACGGAAUCCGUACCGUUGACAUUGCUGCUUAGAUCAUUGUAACGUGUUUCUCCGUUUCGUCCUUCUUUUCCUCCUUCCUAUUCCCUGCACUUCUUUAGCUUCCAGAUUCACGUUUAUGCAUUGGCGGGUUGCACGGGACGCGUUGUGGUCUUAUCGCUCUCUUUGACUGCGUCGUUGUUGUACGUAUGAGUUUUUUUCUUACUUUCUUUACAAAUGCCCGAGCCGUGUCCGAUCGCUAUACAUCAGAAUUGAAUUUUCCGUUCUUCACAUUUACGAUUAUGAUAUCCUCCCAAACGUUAUGCUUUUCUUUGCUCUAAUAUGUGGGCGAUUCUGCCGUACGCUGUCUGCAGCCUUUGCGUUAGAUGCAAUCCGGGUUGUGAAAGCAACGACACGAGUUGUCCUUGGAGCCCAGAAAGCGAUGAUAGCUUGGAAACGCGUGUAAUGUCGUCAACGUCUGCUGCACCGUGCUCUAAUCGACCUCCGAGCAAAAGAAGGAGUCGCGAGUACGGUUUGAGCAAUCCCAACACGGCUUUCAGCGUUGGCGGCUCUAUGUGCUGUCCCAAGUACAAAACACAGAUUGGACCGACGAGCAAUGGAUCAAUGUCAGUCGUGACUUUCUUUACUCGAUUGUGAGCUUCGACACUAGAAGCUUCGCUGGGUGAAACCGUCAGUGCUGGGCCGUUCUGUUUCCAUCCAUAGCUUUCGAGGAUACGCAAGGCGUGACGAAAAACGAGAUGCUUGACCACACGCAACUGCAGCUGAGGUGCAAUGGCCCGUAAACCGAGACGGAUAUUUGACCAUUCGCUUGGCAACAGGUUGUUGUGCUGCAGCACAAGGAAGUUCGGUGAAGCUUGUAAGGCGGCUGUGUACUGGUGAUGUAAAAUGGAUUUUCUAGAUGCAGCCGGUUUUAACAAGGUAGUCCAUGUUUUUUCUAGAGAGCUUUGUUAAUGAUAUAAAAAACGACGAUUUCCUAUCCACA